UACGGUACAUCGAAUGAACUGCCCUCAGUCUUCCGGGGAAUUGACUAGUAAUCCUGCGUGUUUUCACUGUACAUGAAAUAGGAUAAAUGACUUCUUCCUGAACUUUUGCAAUGACGAGGUGACGUAUCAUCUUUUGCUUCUGUCCAAGUCACCAAACCAAAGCAAAACCUCUCACAAUAUUUGGAAGGAAGCAAAGAAUUUUGAGCACCCAUCAAUACGGUUUCACGCACCUUUUCGUUUAUCUACCAGUCAAAACACUAUUCACCAUGGCACUCGUCGUUGAUAGCUGGGCAAAAGUAGCUGCAAUCGAAAAUUUCGAAGCUGUGGCAGGCGAGUUGCUCUUUCGAAGAAUCUUUGAGAUCAAUCCCGGUGCUAAGGCUUUCUUUGCAUUUGCCAAAGAAGACUCGGAUAAUGAUAUCUACCAAAGUGAAAUGUUCCAAACGCAUUCACGAGCAGUGAUCACCACGGUCGAUGCCGCCGUGGGGCUGCUGAAAACCAACAAUAUGGAUACCUUGGUGUCCGUGUUGAGAGGAUUGGGUGCCAAACAUGUUGCGAUGAACUUGGAACAAGCCCACUACGACUUGGUCGGACAAGCCUUGUUGGAUACCUUGGCAAAAGCAGUGGGCGAUGACUUUACGGAUGAGGUGAAAGAGGCUUGGGUGGGUGUCUACGGAGUGAUUGUAGCCAAUAUGAUGGAGGGCGCCCGAUCCAAAAAGGAAAGGCAACAACAACCUGCCGAAACGGAAAAGCGAAAUGCCAAAACUGAAAUGGAGGACGCCAUGGUCGAGCUAAAGCGCAUUACUGUUGAGAAGGUCACACAGGCUCUCCUCAACGCCGAAAAUAAAGCCCUCGCGGACCAAGAGCGUAUCCAAGCAGAGGUGGCCGCUGAAUUAGAGCGUGUCAAGGAAUUCAAGGCGAAACGAGAUGCACAAGAAGCCGCCGCAAAAGCACAAGAAGCCGCUGAGAAAGCACAAGAGGCUGCCACCAAUCUUGAAAGUGUGAGCGAGGAUCCAGUCGAAGACGAACAAAUGGAUGAGUCCCUCGUGAGGAAAGACUUGGAUGAGUCUGAUAUCCUUUACAACCAACGCAGCUGUGCUCAGUAUGUGAUGGACAAGCUGUUUGUCAGGGCUUAGAUGAUUUGUUUUGUACAUGCAGUACUGGAAAGAGAAAAAGGUACCGUAACGGUGUGUUCGCUGGUUUAAUUUAAAGCUGUUUUUGCU